AUGCGAUUCUCUACCGCGUCGCUCCUGGUCACUGCGCUGGGAUGGGUUUCCGCCGUCACCGCACACAACAUUCAGCUCAAGGCUCACUCGCGGGAAUGCUUCCACGAGACUCUGCAUAAGGAUGACUUGAUGACGGUGACUUUCCAAGUUGGAGAUCGGGAGUUUGGGGGUAGUGGAAACCUUGAGAUUGACUUUUGGGUUGAGGACCCUCUCCGCAAUCGCCAAUACUAUAAGCAGGCCAUCUCCAACGAAGAUUACUCCUUUACCGCACACGCCGACGGCAAAUACACUUACUGCUUCAGCAACGAAGGCUGGACCUCCAACUCCAAGGAAGUCUCUUUCAACGUGCACGGAAUUGUCUAUGUGCCUGAACACGAGAUGUCGGCAGACCCCCUCGAGGCGGAAGUCCGCAAGCUUUCCGACUCUCUCGCGCAGGUCAAGGACGAGCAAUCAUAUAUCGUGGUCCGUGAGCGAGUGCACCGGAAUACUGCCGAGAGCACAAACGGUCGUGUCAAGUGGUGGAGUCUUUUCCAGCUUGGAGUUGUAAUUGGCGAGGGUAUCUUCCAAGUCUGGUGGCUUAAGCGCUUCUUCGAGGUCAAGCGUGUGGUUUAG